AAUGAAGAGACAAUCUAGGCGUCAAAUUGCAUUCUAUCAUGUCGUGAAUACAAAUAUACAAAAGGCUGAGGAUUCCUGAUUUCACCAGAAAGUGUAGUCUAACCGAAAGCCACCAAAAGCCACGGGUCUGAAAGUCGGAAGACUAAGGGGAGAGAACCUUCGGGAUUAAAUGGAGUUAUUUCCCUUGACAUAAUGGCGACUUUGCAAGUUCUGUGUCCUAAUGGACGAAGACAAAAUGUUAAAGUAACUCCGAAUUCUAAGUUAUUACAGGUUUUAGAGGAAGUUUGUCAAAAGCAGGGAUUCUUGCCUACUGAAGAUUACAGUCUUUUACAUGUUAAUGGAAGAAAAACAGUAGAUCUUACACUGGCAUACAGAUACUCUAAUCUAGCAAACAAUGCUAAAUUAGAAUUAGUUAAAGCUAAGAGUUCCAGAGCAGAGGAAGAAGUUUUGAUAGCACUACAACUUGAAGAUGGAAGUCGACUUCAAUCUGUUUUCAAACCAUCAGUUACAUUGUGGGAUAUUUUAUCACAUUGGGAGAAUGAGCCUAACAGUUCACUACAUGGUAAGCUGACAAUGAUUGAUACUAGUGUAACACCUGUUAAACAUCCUGUAUGUAUAUAUAUGAGAGAAGAGGUAAUUGGUGAAAUGGCUUUGAGGAAUACAACUUUAAGGAAAUUAGCUUUAACUGGUGGUAAAGCUGCUAUAAGAUUGGUACACAGAUCGGUUGAUGAUGGAACAUUGGCCAAAGUAAUACAAGAUGUGGAAUUAACAAAUGCUAAAAAAGCUAAACUUGAGGAAAUUGCAUCUCAGAAACUUAUAGAACAACAAAGUGAAACAGAAAAUAUGUGUGUAUCGGUAAAUAGUGGUUCCACAGCAUCUAAGUUAAAUGCGGAAUGUAGUUUGUCGCAUGACCAGCAAGAACCAAUGGAAACAGAUUCUGGAUCUAAUACCAUGCAGACAUCAUCUAGUGAUUCAUUAGCCAAUGUAAAUGACAGACAAACAAACUCUUCCGAUUCCAAUAUGAUAGACAGUAUAAACAGUAAUCAAAGUGACAGUACAAUUUGUGUGCCUGAUAGUCGUCCAGUUCGUGUUAAUAGGGACAAUAGUAUCAAUAGGUUAUGUGAAAUGAAUAUUCCUGGGGUUGAAAUAUUUACACCUCAAGAUUUUGCGGACCUUACGCCAGAAGAACAAGUUAUUGCUACAAGGUUAGCCCAGAGAUUUGUACCAGGUUUAAUGAGAGGUAGUAAUACCAGCAGUCAGUCAAUAACACAAUCCAGACCACGGUCUAGUCAAUAUCAACCUAGUCCACAACAAAAUUUUAAUGAAUUUAAGUUUCCUGAAGAGACAAAGGGAAAAGAAGUUUAUAAAAAUGAAUUGAGUGAAGUGAAAAGAGAAGAAUUUCAGCCAUGUGAUAGAGAAAGUGUAUUGUAUUGUGUAGAAGAAACUCUUCUUACUUCUAAAAGUGCUAGUCAAGAAUUACCGGAUGAUUUCUUUGAAAUAAAUGAAAAUGAUUUACGCAUUAUGAUGACAGAUCUUCAGAAAAAUGUAGAAAACAUGGAAGGUCAAGGUUUGAUGACAAAAGCAAUGAGACAAGCGGCGUUAGAAGCUAAAUAUGAAAAAUAUGAACGGGUGGUAAUCCGAAUACAAUUUCCUAAUAAAUUGGUUCUACAGGCAUUGUUUAGACCUAGGGAAACUGUUUUUGCUAUUCAAAAAUAUGUAAAAGAGAACUUGGAAGAUAAAAAUAUGCCAUUUUAUUUAUACACCACUCCUCCUAAAAUUAUUUUAAAAGAUAAAAGCCAGACAUUGUUGCAGGCAAACCUUGUUCCAGCAACUUUGAUAUAUUUUGGAACUGAAACAGAGCAUGAUAAUUUUAUAACUCCAGCUAUGAUAAGUUCUAUAUCACCAAGAAUAAAAGCUGAAGAAUUGGCAGCCAAAUGGUUACAAUCAGACAAUAUGUCAUCCUCAUCAAAAACUGAAUGGAGAGCUCGUCCUUCAACUAGUUCUACUGGUGGUGCAUCAACUAGUAGUACUGGUGGUGAAGAAAAAAAGGUGCCAAAAUGGCUGAAACUUGGUAAAAAAUGAGUGAGAAGAAGACGGGAUCCAUGAAACGUAACAUUAAGGCUUUCGAAUUUGUUUUUAUUAAAGGAAAGAGAAUUAUCAACUUUUUAUAUUGUCCAGCUUCAUGUAAUUAUGUUGUACAUAAUUAAAACGAACUAUGACAGCCUAAAAGUUUUGACUAUUUUGGCUAACUUUCUCAAAAAAAGCUUAUUCAAGACCUAAUUGUUAUAUUGUUAAAUGAACUAUUAAUUAUACUGUAUGUUAUUAAAUUCAAACUGCAAAUAUUUGUACAAAAUGGAAAUAAAUUAUGCUUUCAGACUUA